GCCGCCAGGGAACCACCGGCCGCCAUCACCAAAACAAUACCGGCCCAGGAGGAAAAACUAUCCGUCUAAAACCGCCAAUAGUCUUGCUUUGAAGGUGCAAAUAGUCCCGCGGAUAGUCGGCAAAUAGUCUCCAGGGUUUCGCGGAUUUCCAGACUCUCUCCGCACUGACCUCCCCCAUGAUGUCCUACGGCAGAGGCCCGCCCGAUAUUAAGGGCAUGACUUCCCUUAAGGUGGACAAUCUGACCUACCGCACCACCCCAGAGGACUUGCGGCGGUCCUUCGAGAAGUACGGGGAGAUCGGGGACGUUUACAUACCCCGGGAUCGCUUCUCCAGGGAGUCCCGCGGGUUUGCUUUCGUACGAUACUACGAUCGUCGCGAUGCCGAGGAUGCCAUGGAAGCGAUGGAUGGUCGGCGGCUGGACGGAAGGGAGCUGAGGGUCCAGAUGGCGCGCUACGGCCGCCCCGAGACCCCGCCGCACCGCCGCCGCCGCCGCAGUUCUCGUUCAAGGUCACGCUCAAGGUCGCGCAGGAGGAGCCGCAGGUCAAGGUCGCGGUCCAGGACAAGAUCUCGCUCCAGGCACCGUCGCUCUCGCUCAAGGAGCAACAGCCGGUCCCGGUCUCGCUCACACACCCGCUCUCGUUCGGGCAGCAAGAGCCGCUCUCGCUCCAUUCCCUCGGAGCAGGACCAGGCUCGCUCGGCUCGCUCCGACCACCACCACCACCACCACUCACCCCCCCAGGCCCCCCCGGCACCCCCCAACGGCAUGGACGGGGGGCCGGGAGGGGAGGGGGGCGCUCGCUCUAAAUCAAGGUCUCGCUCUAAGUCUCGCUCGAGGUCACGGUCGAGGUCCAGGACGCCAAGGUCUCGGUCAAGGUCCAAGUCGCCUCGCUCUAGGUCAAGGUCAAGGUCCAUGGAGUAGAAACCUUCAUCGACAAGGCUGAGGAAGAAGAGGAAGAAGAAGAGGAGGAGGAGGAAGAAGAAGAAGGGAGGGAGAGAGAGAAAAAAAUUUAAAAUAUUACUGAAGGCGCUGAGCUGUUGCUGUGUUGCUGGCUUGCUGUGUUGCUGUGUGAUGUGGUGCUGAGGGAGGAGAGCGGAGGAGGUGUUGAUAGCAGUGAUGCUGUGAAUGCAGUGAUGCGGUUGGUGGCGGUGGGGCUUGGGUCAAGGUUAUACUGGUGUGGGGGUCACGGUUGGGAGCUGAGAUGGGCUUGACUGGGCGCAACCAACAUGGGACUGCAGGGACUGUUUUGGGGGCCAUGGGAGGCAGUGGUCGAGGGGACGCCUGGUUUGUUUUGAGCGUUGCCAAAGGAGCUGAUUGACGCUGUAGUUUUCCACGUGAACCUGGCCUAUGGGGUCCUCUGUAUGGCCGCCCGCAUGAGAAGUCCGGCCAGAGGAGUUUGGGGUCCGUACAGAGUUAUCCUAAACUCCAUAGCUGGGCACGAUAACAAAACCUUAUUCCCGAUAACUGAUAAUGGAUAAUCUAUGUUCAUUAACUGGACACACAAAUAUACCCGAUACCCGAUACCCGAUAUGAAUCCACAAUUCCGAUACUAGCCAGCGACAAGUAUCGGAAUAUUGAUAUUUGAGAUAGAACAACAUUGGUGAAUUGAACUUUUCAUUACCCGUAUUUUAUAAAACUUACAAAACCUGAAACCCACCCGUUGACGCGUAGCUCUGGACGGUAACACUGGAAACCCUGAACCUGUUGUGUUAUUUGGCGUCCCCGCCGUCAAAACACUGGUCUCCCGUGGACUGUUCAGACCGGCAGACCUGUACACUCUCACAAAGCCUUUUAGCCGUAUCUAAGAGUUGCUGGAAGGCUGAAUCAGACAUACAGUACCACCAUGCCUGCUGAACAACACUGUACGAGUUGUGUUUAUAUGUACAGAGUGUCGUUCAGCGAGGAUGGUGGUACUGUGUGUCUGAUUCAGCCGUCCAGCAACUCUGUUAAGAAGCUUUGUGAGGCUGUACAGGUCUGGCGGUCUGAACAGGUCACGAGAGACCAGUGUUUGUAAACAGCGCCAGCUUUUGACGAUGGGACACCAAAUAACACAACCCCUUCAACAUCAUGGCAUGCUCACAAACCACUAGCAAAUUUGAGGCCGUGAAUAACCAUUUUUUUGGGCAAAGUUAAAUGAUUUUUCUCUUUGAUAUAGUGAUUUUUGAGUAGCAUAAAACAUUACUUAGUGUUUUAAUGUUGAUGAUCCAAGUCUGAAAUCCCUUCAGCGGAGAUAUUUCAUGCCCCAAAGGUCUUCACACGACACCGGGCGUCGGGAGGACACAACGCUUUCUUCUGAGAGGCGGAAAAAAGUAAAGAUCAUCGCUGGCUUGGCUACAAAACUUACGAAGACACCGAUAUAUACUUAAAUAAGUAGCAGAUGCCCGAUAACCCGAUUUUGUUAUCAGCGGCAAAGUAUCACGACAGCGUCCAUGAACACUAGGGACCCAAACUUGUCGGACUGGACUGGUCAUGCCAGGGAAGGGAGAAUCAGCUCAGUGCCACACAGCAUGAUGGAGGGAGGGGCCAGGUGGGUGCGAGUGGAGGAGGAGGUGGAAGAAGCGGAGGAAUUUGGGUGCCCUGAACACCUCAAGCUGUUUUUUAAAUGAUUUUUGGGGGUAACUAUUUCCAUUUCUUACAGAUAUUUUUUUUUCCAAGAACCCUCCAGAAGGCCCCCCCCUCCCCUCCCCUCUCCCCCCCCCAAAAAAUGGGUGACCGCAAGAAGAGGAGGAGGAGGAGGAGGCCAUUACAGCUGUUUCCAAAGAUCGCGUCG